GUUACUCUGGGUGCUCUGGAAAAAGGGGGCAGUCAGGGGCAGUCUCUUCGAACCAUCUGAGUGAACAACAUAACUGGCGAGAAUCAAGUGUUCGAAUAAAACUAGAGCUUGAUUAGUUGAAUAUGAACUGAUGAAAAAUCGAAAAAGAAUUCAGAUAAACCGGCAACCGAAGACGUUACAUAUGUAAAUACAUCACAAGAAGGCUACGUGUGUAAUUGUACCAAGAUGGCGCCGCGUAGAGAAAACCGAUCUAACCUGAAUUUAAUGAAAAUGUCGAAGAAAAAUACUAAAAAUUGGUACGAAAAUUGCUUAGAAUGGAAAAAAUGGACUUAUUCAUUUAUGGAUCCAAAGAAAUUAGUACCAAUUGGAAGACUAAUCAUUAUUUUGGAAAUUAUUUUAAAUAUAUUGGUUAUCGAGAAGGUGUCAUAUACGGAGAUCGAUUGGAAAGCAUACAUGCAAGAAGUUGAGGGCUUUUUGAAUGGAACAUUGGAUUACUCAAAACUUAAAGGUGACACUGGACCAUUAGUCUAUCCUGCUGGAUUUGUUUAUGUGUUUUCCACAUUAUAUUUCAUCACAGGACAUGGAGCAAACAUAAAAAUAGCGCAGUACUUGUUUGCAAUUCUUUACAUAGUGCUACUUAUUUUAGUUUUCCGAAUUUAUGUGAAAACUAAGAAAGUUCCACCUUAUGUCUUAAUCAUCAUGUGUUGUACAUCUUACAGAAUUCAUUCUAUAUUUAUUUUAAGGCUUUUCAAUGAUCCAAUUGCAAUGGUAUUAUUAUUUGCAAGCCUUAAUGCAUUUUUAGAUAAUCAAUGGUACUUGGGAAGUAUUCUAUACAGUGCAGCUGUAUCUAUAAAAAUGAACAUUUUGUUAUUUGCACCAGCACUUCUCAUAGCCUAUGUGUAUAAUUUAGGGAUAAUCAAAACAAUAAUACAUUUACUCAUUUGUGCCUUGAUUCAAGUAGCAUUGGGUCUUCCUUUCUUACUUGAUAAUCCAUUAGCAUAUAUAAAAGGUGCUUUCAAUUUUGGAAGAGUUUUUGAAUUUAAAUGGACCGUAAAUUGGAGGUUUUUACCUGAACACAUUUUUAUUAGUCCAUACUUUCAUGUAUCAUUGUUGUUGUUACAUAUAUUGACAUUAAUUUAUUUUGUUCCAAUAUGCAUAAAGUAUAUGAAAUCAUAUGCAAAAUUAAAAUAUGUAGGGGAAAGCUUGCAGCCACAAUUAAGAAAGAAGGAAAAGAUAGAUAUGUCUACAGUCAGUCAAUUAUUUAUUUUUCCAAUGUUUGCUACAAAUUUUAUUGGUAUAACAUUUAGCAGAUCAUUACAUUAUCAAUUUUAUAUAUGGUAUUAUCAUACUUUGCCAUACCUUAUAUGGUGUACAGAUUAUAAGACUGUUAUUAAGUUAACUAUUUUGGGUAUAAUUGAAUUAUGUUGGAACACUUACCCAAGCACUAUUUAUAGCAGUGUGUCAUUACAUGUAUGUCAUCUAAUGUUAUUAUUUGGAUUUAUGAAAAAUAAGUUUAAUUCUGAAAAAGAGCAAUAAAAAGAUAUAUUAUUAUA